AUGGCGCCCUACUUUCUCUUGAUCGCGCAGACAAGGGGACGCCCGGGGACCUGUCUGUCCUUCCCUGGUGGGCGGCCGCAAUCUCUGGAUAAUAUCACAGAAAACCCAUUUUUUUGUUUUGUCCUUGACAAACAACUUUUGUUUUCGGCGCAGAGAGGGAUCGCCGAUUGGGUGCGACUUAAUCUAUCUCAAAAAGGCUGGACAUCCCAUCGAAGGCGCCUAUCACUGGCUCUUGCGCCUGCGGAGUCAAGAGGUAGGUCCGCGAAGAAGGGCAUUAAGCUGGUCGAUUUGAUUAUCAAGACUGGCGUUUGUGCUAUGACGGGUCUCCACCGUGAACAAAAAGCUCCUUCAGAGGGGGGAAAGCAUGUGCCAGGCCUGGCGUCUGAUCAUGCGCUUCGUCCAUCUAGAUAUUAUUAUACGACAUUAUAUACAAGAACUGCUGUGAGAGCAAUCUUUCAACAGGCGAAGGGGACCUCCUUUUCUCUCUUCUUUCCCGCCACCCAGGCAACCGGGACCUUUCUCUCUCUCUCUCUCUCUUUCGGAGUCCCCAUCUCCAAGGCUUUGUUCAUGCCUCCGAGAGCGUCUCCAUCUAAGAUGCAACUUCACCAGGGAAACACUUCAACUAGACCCAGCGCUUGGGUCGCUGCCCAGGCACCCGAGCCGCAUCUAUUUUUGUUCAUGGAUGGAUGA